AUGAGCUCAAAGCUUUUCAUAACAGCAACAAUUCUAGUUCUAAUCUCUGCCUUAAUUGCAAUUGAUCAUGAGUUUUUGUAUCAGCGAUCUGUUAGAGAAAAAACUUCUAGUGGUCAUGACCAACUUUGGAAAUGGGAAGCUCUUUCACUUGACGGUGCAACCGGACCCGAAAGUUUUGCAUUCGACCCAUUUGGCCAGGGUCCCUAUGCCGGAGUAGCUGACGGUCGAAUCAUCAAAUGGGAAGAACAUGAAAGGCGUUGGAUCCAUUUUGCCAUCACGUCUCAAACAAGGUUGGAUGAGAGUGCAAUCCUUUUGUCUUUGCACAUACCAUUGCUGUCUGCUGACGCAACUCUCCCAAUGAUUAUCCAGAUUCUUCUUCUUCUUCUUAUCAUGUAUCUGGAUUCUUCUUAA